AUGCGCAGCCUAGCAGUUCGGCACCUGAGAACCAGAGUUUCACUCUCUUCUUUGCCCUCGCGACAUCUUUUGACCUUUCCUUCAGGCACAAGUCUGCGCUACACUCAAACAACAGCAACGUCAUCCCCGCAAGUCUUGUAUCUUCCAAUAGAGGACGUUGAAAGCCCGUAUGGCUAUAGCCCAGGUGGCUAUCAUCCGAUUGAUAUCGGUGACCAUCUCGCCAAUCGAUAUUGCGUUGUACAUAAACUCGGAUACGGCGGAUUCUCGACCAUCUGGCUUGCCCGCGAUGAAAUCGCAUCGAAAUAUGUCGCUGUCAAAGUUGGAAUAGCAAAUUCAGACCAACGGGAAGUGGAUAUAAUAAGGUAUCUUUCCCGUCAGUCUCAUGGAUCGGAGCAUUAUGGGAAGGGAUGCAUUCUUCCGAUCCUGGACCAUUUCUGCAUCUCGGGGCCCAAUGGAACCCAUCCAUGCUUCGUCACCGCACUUGCGCGAUGCAGUCUCAGGGACGCGCAAGACGCUGCUGACUCCUACAUGUUUCAGCUUCCAGUUGCAAGAUACAUUGCUGUUCAGAUGGUUAAGGCCGUAGCAUACAUUCACAGCCGAGGCUUGGUCCAUGGCGACCUUCACCUGGGGAACUUUUUCCUCCGUUUACCAUCUACUCUCGACCACCUUUCAGAUAAACAGAUAUACGAGAAGUUUUCUCCACCGAGACCCGAGCUCGUCGUCCGAGAAAACGGGCAACCUCUUCCACCAGGCGUCCCUGGCCAUGUCUACUGGCCAAUUUGGAUGGCGGAGGGAGGCAACAAGCUUACGCUCUCUGAGUCAAAGAUCCUACUCGCCGACUUCGGCACAGCAUUUUAUCCCCAUCGAAGACCAAGAUUUGGGUCUUCUACGCCUCUCGACAUAUCCCCGCCCGAGGCACGAUUCGAGCCAAUAACUCCACUGUCUUUCUCCGCUGAUAUCUGGAGCCUUGCGCAUGCCAUCUGGGCCGUAAUGGGACUGAAGACUAUCUUUGGUAGCUUCUUGUUGAGUGAGGAUGAUGUUACUCAAGAACAGGUUGAUACUCUUGGGAUUCUGCCUGACAAAUGGUGGAACAAAUGGGAGGCCAGAUCCCAAUGGUUCAAGGAAGAUGGAAGCCACAAGAAAGGCGGAUGCCCACAGAGGUUGGAGGGACGGUUCGAAUCAAGUAUUCAGGACCCAAGACGCAAGUGUGGCAUGGAGAUUCUUGGUGAAAAGGAAAGUCACGCCUUCAAAGAAAUGAUACGGUGGAUGCUGUCUUACCACCCUGGCGAUCGACCAACCGCAGAGCAACUUUUGAAAGCAGAUUGGAUAAAAUAUUGGGCAAUACCCGACUUUGAUAACAUUCACAAAUGA